AUGAACAAGUACAAACGAAUGUGUAAGUUACUUCUCGAAGGUGAUAGUUAUUUUAAUGAUCAAAAUGUCGAUACGGAGAAAAUUAACGAAAAAAUAACCAUCAAAGGAUAUUGUAAUAAUGAUGAUUGUAAAACAAAUGAAGAUGGUAUUAAUGCUUUGGCCGCAUAUAUAAUUAUGGAAUUCAAAAAAUCAAUAAGACAAAGUCAGUAUAAUCAUUAUGAUGAAUAUUUAUUGAUGUGGAUAAGUGAUAAAUUGCUUAAGAUACACAAAAAAGAAAAAGGCAAAAAUAUUGGAAGAGGCCGUAUGGAUGAUUUUACUUUAAAGCAGGCUUAUGAAGAGUAUUUAAAGAACCAUAAACAAAGAUUGGAUUAUUGGUCUCUUUUAGAUAUGAAUCAGGGUUUGAAAGAAGCUAAUCUUUGGUAUAUGAGCGGAUUUUAUAAAUUACUUAAUAUAAUAUGUAAAAUGAUUACAGAUUAUAAUAACGGUGCCAAAAAUAAUAAAGUUCUUAAAUAUCCUGCCAAUUGCAGUUUUCAAUAUAAAACCCUUUAUAUGAACAUUUCUGAAUGCAAAUCAUAUCUUGAUUUAUUGAAUAAAUUAAAAGGUAUAUAUGAUGAUUUUAGUUCUGCUUUUAUGAGAAAUAGUUCAAACAAUAAUUUAAAAACUAAACUUAAAAAACUUACACUAGAAAAUGGAGAAGAGUUGGAAGCGGUGCGUGGUUUUAAAUCAUAUGACUUCAGUACUAAACAAUGUAAAUUCCCCAUAAAACAAAAAAAAAUAGGCUCAUCAAAAAAAGCGGACAAAUCACCAUUACAACAUUCAAACCAACUAAAAGAUGGACAACGCGAAAUACCAUCAGCACACAAACCAGAAACAAAAGAACCAAAACUACAAUCAUCACCAGAAUCAGAGCCACAAUCACCUCAAGUAUCGGACCAAAAUAUUCAAAUAGAAUCACCUGGUUCUCAACAUCAGCAAGGUCAUCAAUCGUCCGGGCAUGAAGAUCUUCCAACAAAGAGUGAUAACGAAUUAACAGAUAGUACCCCAAUUGAUGCCGAUACUCAAGAUGGUUCAACCAAUGAAUCCAAAACUAAACAAGAUAAAAUAGAUACAUCUCAAAGUACAGAAGAUAAUCAUGAUGUUUUUGAUUGGUCAAUUUUAAUAAAAUAUGGAAAUUUAGUUAUAACAAAUAUUAUAGAAUAUAGAGAAUCUGUUACUAAUUCACUUAAUGAUAUUCGAACAUAUUUAUACAAGUAUACAUGGCCUACUUUAAAUCAGGUUUAUAAAACUUUUAGAGGAUAUUCUGAAAAUAUUAAUAUAAUGGAUUAUCUUAAAAUAGAAGCAAAGUCAAAUAAAGUAAAAAAAUCUGAAUCAUCAGAGAAUGGCCCACCAGGUAAAGAUAAACCAGAACCUACCAAUUCUUUACCAGAUGACGAAAAAAAAGAACCACAAGAGCCACCUUCUAUACAAAAAGUUGUCUCGCCAGAUAAUAAACCAGAAAAACCUUCUGAUUCACCCCCUGAGAAACAGACUCAAUCAUCAGUCGAUUCUAGCAGUAAAGCACUUAGCAUAGAAAUUGGAUCAGACGACCCUGGAACAAAUGUGGAAGACAAAACACGACAAUUAGUAAACUCCGUAGAUAUAUUUAAAGGAUAUAACCGACCUGAAAUUGUUAUUACAGUUAUUUUAAUACCCAUUAUUUCAUUAAUUAUUUAUAAGUAUUUGUCAUUUGGAUGGAGAAAGGGAUUGAAGAAAAAAAAAAACAUGAAAAAGGUUAUAAAUAUGAUUGGUGUAAAUAAAACGACAAAGACAGUUACAAACUCGACUGAUGGAAAAAAACAAAUACAAAUAAUUAUAAAAUCAUAUAGUCAAAAAAAAAAAAUUAAAAAAUCUAUAAAUUCCGUUUAUAAGGAAAAAUCUCCAUCAUUAAAUAUAUACAAACUUAUGCAGGCCGAUCCUGUACCAUUUAUUAAUUUAUUUUUUUUGUUGAUUUUUUUUGUUUAUAAAAGAAAGCGCGAUUUCAUAGAAUUAUAA